AUGCAGGCACUUGAAGAUGAUGAUGAUCUUGAUUUUGAGAAUUCGGAUGGCGAUGACGACACUGGUGAUACAGAGACCGACUCUAAUGGUUCUAGUGACGAGUUUCUACGGGAGAUGUCAGAGAAGGACGAGAAGAUCAAAUCAUUAGUAGACAUGGGCUUUUCUGAAGAUGAAGCAAAUAUGGCUAUUACAAGAUGUGGUGAUGUUGAUCUAUGGGAAUUAGUUGAUUCGAUAAGUGCAUCACGAAUUACAAAAGAUAGUCAUUCCAGAAACUUAUCUGACCAUCAGAUCACAGAUCGGUGCUUCGAUUCAUUUGGAGGGAGAAAGAAAGCAAGAUUGAUGGAAGAGAGCAAGAAAAAGAGGAACCGGUAUGGAGGUAGAGCACAGGGAAAUCAACCCUCCUUGGAUGGUAGCCAUGAUGAACCAAUGCCUCUCCCAAAUCCAAUGGUUGGGUUUAAUUUGCCAGGUUAUUUGCAACCAUCAGUUACCAGAAUACUUCCUAAACAAGAUACUGGACCACCCUUUUUCUACUACGAAAAUGUUGCCCAAGCUCCCAAAGGCGUAUGGGCAACCAUUUCAAGAUUUCUUUAUGACAUUCAACCUGAGUUUGUGGAUUCUAAGCAUUUGUGUGCAACCGCAAGGAAAAGAGGCUACAUCCAUAAUCUGCCAAUUGAGAAUAGAUCACCUCUUCUUCCUAUGCCUCCAAAGACCAUAUUUGAGGCAUUUCCUCAUUACAAGAAGUGGUGGCCUUCAUGGGACCUGAGAACACAGCUCAAUUGCUUGCGAACAAAUGUCGCAAGUGCGAAGCUGACAGAACGGAUCGGGCGUGCUCUUGCAAGCUCGGACAGUCCACCGGCUCGAAGUGUUCAAAAAUAUGUCAUGAAUGAGUGUAGAAAAGGGAAUCUUGUCUGGAUUGGAAAGAACAAGGUUGCUCCAUUGGAGCCUGAAGAGAUGGAAUAUCUACUCGGUUUCCCAAAGGAUCACACAAGGGGACUCGGCAUCACGGAGAGAUACAAGUCUCUCGGCAACACAUUUCAAGUUGAUACAGUUGCUUACCACUUGUCAGUUUUGAAGGUCAUGUUUCCCAAUGGUGUUAAUGUGUUGUCCCUAUUCACCGGUAUUGGAGGAGGAGAGGUAGCUUUGCACAGGCUGGGCAUCCACAUGAAGGCGGUGGUUUCUGUAGAGAUACGAAAAGCUAAUAAGAGGAUUUUUAGGGGUUGGUGGGAUCAGACUCAGACAGGCACGCUCAUUGAGAUUGAUGACGUAAAAUCUCUGACUGAUGAUAGAAUUGUAUCAUUUGUUAGUAGAUUUGGCGGCUUCGACUUGGUAAUUGGGGGCAGCCCAUGUAACAAUCUUGCCGGGUGCAACAGAUACAACCGUGAUGGGUUGGAGGGCGAGCAGUCUGCUUUGUUCUACCACUACUUCAGAAUCUUGAACGCGGUCAAGUCAGCUAUGGCGAGGAUGUAG